AUGCCGGAUAACAACCCUCAAAAUGGAGCUGGGCGUCCAUUGCCGAAGAAGGAAGCCGACCUCUUCAAGAACGUGAUUAAACAUUAUGAAACAAAACAAUACAAAAAAGCAAUCAAGCAAGCAGAUACAAUCUUGAAAAAGUUUCCGAACCAUGGAGAAACCCUUGCAAUGAAGGGUUUGGUGCUGAACAAUAUGGCCAAGCGAGAUGAAGCACACGCUUUGGUGAAGCUAGGAUUGAUGCAUGACAUGAGAUCGCAUGUUUGUUGGCACGUCUACGGUUUGUUGCAUCGAUCCGACAGAAAUUAUAACGAGGCCAUCAAAGCGUAUAAGCAGGCCUUGCGUAUCGAACCUGAUUCUCUCCAAAUUCUACGUGAUUUAAGUAUGCUUCAAGUGCAAAUGAGAGAUCUAGAUGGAUUUGCCGUGACUCGGCAUAACAUCCUGACGAUGAAACCAAAUGGAAAGAUCAAUUGGCUCGCGUUCGCUCUGGCAAAACAUCUGAAUGGUGAUCUACGAGGGGCAAUUUCGGUCGUUGAUAUUUAUCUGGGGACUCUCACCGAGGGGGCACCUGAACUGUCUCGUGGAUUUGAAGCCAGUGAAUUAGCAAUGUACCGAAACCAGAUUCUGUCAGAGAUUCCAGACAACACGCAAGAGGCGCUGGAGCAUUUGGAAACCUGCAAAGCGUUAGUUGUAGAUGAGACUUCGUGGUUGAUUUCAAAAGCUAGAUUCCAAUUGACAUUGGGUCGACAUGCAGAAGCUAGGGAAACUGCUCUCAGUAUGUUCAAGCGUGGAAUGACGGAAAACUCAAGGAUCCAUUCUCUGUAUAUGUGUGCUAUAUUGAAGUUGGACAAAGAAACCUGUGACAAAGCAUAUGAACUGCCUGGUACUCGAAGUCUUGCCUCGUAUCUACCAUUGACUAGCGAGCAAAAGCAACAGUUGCUGGAUGCAUACGCGAAUGAAAUUUUCCCAGAUUUUGAACGGUCAGCUGCGGUCAAAAGAAUUCCUUUGAAUCUUGUGGAGGGAGAUCGACUCAGAAAGUCUUUGGGUGUCUUCAUUCGCAAGAGCCUAGUGAAAGGAGUCCCAUCUCUCUGUAGGGAACUGAGUAGCUUUGUCCUAAUUGAGAAGGACGGCAGGUUCGAGAUUGCUUCAGAUCCGAUUGACAUCAAGGAGCAUUCCGCUUUCAAAUUGAUCGUGGAGCUUGCCGAUGAAUAUAUCUCUUGUUUACAAGCAAACUCAAAGCUUCUUGCCGAUGACGAAUUCGAGGAGUCACCAUCAACGGAACUUUGGGCAUGGUACCUCCGAGCUGGAUUACACGAACUUGCUGGAGAAUAUGAAAGUGGUAUUGCCCUCCUUGACAAGUGCAUCGAGCACACACCAACGCUUGUUGACUUGUACGAGUUGAAAGGUCGCCUUCUUCGAUCGUCGGGAGAUAUAAAGACUGCAGUUGAUACUUUGGACAAAGGACGAGACCUCGACCGACAGGAUCGUUAUAUCAAUAACCAAACGACAAAAUACAUGCUUGAAGCUGGCAUGGACACUGACGCUUUGGAUCGCAUAUCGAUGUUCACAAAGCACGAGGGGAAUCCAGAAGCGAAUCUUUACGACAUGCAAUGCUCUUGGUACGAAUUAGGGCUUGCAGCUUGUUACGCUAGACAAGAGAAAUGGGGAAAAGCAUUAAGAAAAUACGCAUGUGUUGUGAAGCACUUUGACGACUUCCAUGAGGAUCAAUUCGAUUUCCACAGCUACUGCAUACGGAAGGUGACUCUUCGCGCAUACACUGAAGUUUUGAAAUUUGAGGACAAUCUCUGGAGUGAAGAUUACUACUUUAGUGCCGCCAGUGGCAUCAUCAAGCUCUACCUUCGCCUGCAUGACAACCCAGCCAUCACAAAGGAAGAUGCUGAGCCAGACUACUCCAAGAUGACAGCUGCGGAACGAAAAAAAGCGAAGGCAAUUGCCAGGAAGAAGAAAAAGCAAGCAGAGAAGAAGAAAGCCGAGGGGCAAAAGAAGGAUGACGCGAACGGAGAUAAAGGAGACCAAGCGGAUGGAAGCAAGAUGACAGAUUUGGACGAAGACCCAAAUGGUGACGAGAUGAUGAAGAGAGAUCCAUUGGAAGAAUGCCAGAAAUACUCUUCAAUCUUGUCAAAACAUUGCCCACAUAAGCUCGAAACAUGGACGUUGCAAUAUGAUGUUGCAAUGAGGCGGAAGAAGUGGUUGUUGGCCCUUCAAGCUCUCUUCAAAUUGAAUAGGAUGGAUUCAGAAAGUGCUGCAUUCUUCCAACGUGUUGUAGACUUUGGAUUGAAGGCUGCUGACUUUGGAGAGCAGGCACCCGCUGUCAAAAAUGUAUUGAAGGAUGGCUGUGUCGAGUUGCUCCAGAAGUUGUCGGUAUCAGAUUACAUUAAGCAAGCAGUGGAGAAAGUCCAAGGACACAAAACAGCAUCUUUGCCAUUAAGAGUUGCUGUCGCCGAAGCCCUUGUGCUGAUCAAUACAUCUUCUGUUGAUGCCGCUACAGCACUUAUUGUCAAGGGAGGACUUGAUGCAAGGGAUGCCAGUGUCGAAUCUUGUCGGAAGGCACUCGCUGCCCUGAAAGGCUUCAAGUCCAAGUCUGUACAAGAUUGGGUCUCUGUGGUGAAACAACAAUACCCGAGAAUUGCAGACUUCAGCUAA